AUGCCACCCAAGAAGAAAGGCACACUCAAGCGCAAAGCCAACCCACCCGAAGAGCCCGAGCCUUCAGAUGUCUCAUCUGUCGCCUCAGAGCCACAAGCCAAGAAGCCCAAAGGCCUCGGCAGAGCCAGAGCCAGAGACUCCCCACCGCCACUGUCCCUAGAUUACCCUGAAUCCUCCGAUGGAAAGAAAAAGCAAUCCGCCAGCUCACAUGGCAGCUCAGCAAUGGCAAAUAUGAUGCUCGCUAGGCCCAAAGUGGUCAGAGGCCAAGUGCCAUCCAAGCCAGGGGAGUUCCCAAAGCACGUGUCGUACAAUAUGAUGUACCAUAGCGCUGGUCUAGGUCCAACCCAUGCACCAAGGACCCUUCCACCACGACAGGAGCGGUGGAAGAAUCCCAACAAAGAGCCCAUUACUGAAUGGGCUAAUGCGCCAAAAGGCUGGACUCCCAGUGAACCUGAUCUUCACCGCCAUGAUCUCGAUGCUCAGAUUGAGAGGUGUUAUGAGAGAAUCGAGGAUAAUAUCUUGCCUGAUCUGUUUCGGAAAAGAUUGGAUUGGUACUUGGGGUGGAAGGCUAAUCAGCAGAAGAUUUUGGAUGCCGCGCCCAAUGGGGCUGACUUUGAGCUUGCUCAGCGUCUUCAUCAUCUGAGUGGUAUUCAGAAUGUGCUUCAGACUGAAGGUGAUCCAGAUGGACAGCUUCCUAAUGUUCGGGCUCUUGCUGCUGCUCCUAGGACUGGGGGGCUGAAGAUUGAACGGGGGGUGGUGACUUACUGGUCUAAAGGUGUUAGACUCAAUGAGCCUACGAAGUUCAGUCGGGAACUGCAUGAGAAAAUGCUGCGGGAGAAUGAUAGCACGCACUCAUUUUGGGUGGAGGGUUUUGAUAUCUUCUUGACAACGAACGCGGAUCCUGAUCCCCCAGAAUCCCUCAAAAUAACAGUCAUACACGACACCGGCGCAGACCUAAUGGCACUUCCAGAAGACCAAUACCAAGAGCUCGAGAAAAUGAUCACAAAACCAACAGUGCUCGGGUACUCGUUGAUGCAAGCAGCAGGAGGACACAUUUUCUAUACCAAGGUAGUUCAGCUGGAGCUUAUUAUGCCAGUUCCAUUCCUCCAGGAUACCUGGAUGAGCGGUUGGCUGAUGUGCCCAGCUGCUGUGGUCCAAAAUCAGGCAGGGAACAAUCAUGGUGGAAUGGCGCUCUCGGGUCCCUUUCCUCGUUUCCAGUUCUAUACUGCGACUUGUCCGAAUGGCUUGGGGUUGUUGUAUUUGUGUUCGUUUAAAAACGACUUGACGCUUUCGCUUCCUGAUCUACCACCAGAUUAUCAGACAGAAAUCCCGCCAACGGGGCCACUCCAGCCACCUUCACCUGGUGGUGGGCCACCGAGGUUCAUUCCAUCUGACCCUUCAUCGGGGCCUGGUUCGCAGGGGGCUGGUUCGCCGAAGCAGGCACAGGGGAUUCUGUCUCUCACUGGAAAAACUGCCAAACUGCCUUCCAAACGAGGCAGGGGCAGAGGUCGAGGUCGGGGUCGGGGCAAGGUGACAGGAAGGGGAUGA